AAAAAAAAAUGUUUGUCAAACUACUAUCGAAUAUACAUAAAAUAUACCUAAUCAUGAAGCAUGAACUGAUAAAAAGAAAUAUUAUCUUUUCAUUAGUAUCAACAUUUUAUCUAUAAAUAACUUUAUUGACAAAUCAGUGGGUUCGAGGAAAGUGCGUGUGGAACGAAACGAUGGCUAGGAAUUUCGAAUUGCGUAUUUUUACGUACAGACAGACACUGUGUACAUAUACAGAUUGAUGUUAGACGCUAGUGAAAUUGAGUCAUCAUGCCGGCAAUGGCAGAACAGAAUGAUAUCUUAAAAACUAUUUUGUUCUCAUUCAAUGUGUUUGUACAUAUGUUGGUCGGAAUCACAAUGGGUGUACCCAUGCUGUAUGCAGUACUCCAGAAUUUCCAAACGGACGCUGCAGACUCCGAAGCCAUAAUGCAUCAUAUCCUGAUCUGUAUACCUGCGUACCAAGUGUUAGCAGCACAAGCGCUGCUCAGCCUAUGUCCAUUCAACACCUGGUCUUCACCACUUAAAAAGAGCAACAAAAUACGAGCACAUUGGGUCCUACAUUUAUGCGCCUAUACUAUGGGAGUUAUUGGCAGCGUGAUCAUCUUGUCUUCCAAGAAAAAGCACUUCGAAACUACACAUGGACGAUUAGGUUUGUGCUGCCUAACCAUAACUCCAUUGACUAUGUUGACUGGACUAUUGUGCCUGUAUGCUUAUCCACUGCGAAGGUUUUGUCCGGUCAAGAUUAACAAGCUGAUUCACGUUGUAAUCGGGAUGGCUUGCUUCGCCUGUUCUUCAGCUGCCGUCUGCUAUGGAUUCGAUAAAGAAGCAUUUAGAGAUUGGAUGAACGAGCGAGUCACAAAUGGAUUUAUUGCCUUCACAGGCAUCGUCACCUCCAUUUUGCUUUUUAAUCCAUUGAUCACAGUGUUCAGAUUAAUUUAUAAAAUUUUAAACCGAGACUGUCAGUGAAUUGGUCUGUAAAUUAGAUUUCAAUUAUUUUUGUUUAUUGUUUAAUUGUUCCAGCUGUACGUCCGAUCUGAACCCGAACAAAAAACCGUGAAAAUAUAAGUAGGUCUAGAAAUUUAAAUAUUUUUUUUAUUCCUUAAAAGAAAUCGAAAAAUGACUGAUAUAUUUAACGCACCAUGCGAUAAAUAAAGGGAAAUAGUUUUACGACUUUGGCGUAGUACAGAAGCACUCUAAGGCAGUUUCUUUUGAACGUGGUAGGGCUCUUCACUGUUGGCAGUACCAACGGCAAGGACCAACCGUUUCUAAACACCACAUACCUGCACAAUCUGUACCAUCAAUAAGCUUUACAAUCAAAUCGACAUAUCGAGAGAUUUCGCAAAAGUAUUAUUAUUUAAUUUAAGAUAUAAUACUAAUUUUAUAUUGUCUUCUUAGUUAGUAGAUAAGUAAGAUUUUUUGGUAGUUAUAGUAAGUUAAAUUAGUUUUUAAGUUUAUAAGUUCUUUAACUCUGUAAGUUUGUCAAUUUGUAAAAUGUAAUAUUAUGUUACUUAGAAUAGUAAGUGUAACUGUCCAAAUGUCAAAGUCCUGUUAUCUAUCUAUAUGUAUAAAACUCAAAGGUGACUGAUAUAGUGAUCUAUCAACGCACAGUCCAAACCACUGGACGGAUCGGACUGAAAUUUGGCAUGCAGGUAGAUGUUAUGACGUAGGCAUCCGCUAAGAAAGGAUUUUGAUUAAUUUUACCCCCAAGGGUAUAAAAAAGAGGAUGAAAGUUUAAAUGAAACUGUCAGUUUUAAACCGAUCGGGCUUGAGACCUUGCAUGCAUAAAGCUACUAUAACGCCUACAUUAUGCGUACCUAUACGGGAUGCCUAUAUUCUAUUUCUAUAAUAAUUAGCGAUAAAACUAUAUCUACCUAAUUAAUGAUAAUAUUUCUUAACGCGAGCGAAGCCGCAAGCAAAAGCUAGUGGUUCUAUAAGAUUCAACAAUAAAAAAAUAGAGUGUAAGAAGAAGUCAGGAUGCUCAUGUAUAAAAAUAUAAAUUACUAGCUACUCUCGCGCGGUUUCAUCCGCUGCUCGGCUCCAUUUAAUUGUAGCGUGAUGUUUUGUAGCCUACAGCACUCAUAAAACAUUGUAGCUAUCUAUCAGUGAAAGAAUUUUGCCAAUCUGACCAGCGGUUCCAAAGAUUACCUCCUACAUACAAACUUACAAAUUUUACCUCUUUAUAAUAUUAAUAUAGAUUUGUUUCCACACAUUAUAGUGCUUGAUGUAAAAAAACUAAAGGUCUGAUACUACCUACUUUGUGGACUUAAAGAUUGUUAUUAAUUAAUAAAAAUAUUGAACAACUUUUAUAAAAAAUAUUGAAAUUAAAGUAAGUAAACUUAAAAAAAAUAUUACAACUCGUAAUACUUUAAUACACAAACCGCAAAAAAAUUGAUUAGCCUUUAGAGUUUUUUUUUGAGAAAAUCUUCAAAAAAUAUAUAUAAUAAUCAUGUAAAAAUAAUAUAGUAAUUUGGUCCUACUUUUACAGGUUCUCGGAUCAGAUUCGAAUUUGAUUGGUGUGUAAUCGUUAUGAAAAUUCUAUCUGAGUUCUCUAAACGAGUAUUUUCACGGUUUCGCAUCAGAUUCGGAUCUGACGUAAUGUGGAAAUGCUCUUAAUGUAGAAUCUUCAUUCCUAAAAAUAUUUUUACCAAACC